AUGAACCACACAUUUACCUUUGAAACAAAUCUGAACGACAUAUUCGCUGGAGAUGAUAUCGCCAAGUCUAACAAGAGUUGCGACUACUGCCUGAAGCGGAAGCGCGUGUGCAGGUGCGACACCAUCAGGAGGGAGCUGGGCAGCGAGGACGCAACGGAGAUAACGGAGCUGCAGGAGCGGAAAAGGUACUACGACGAAAUCUGCGACAAGAUUGUGGACAAGUACAAAGAUGUGGUGAACCGGUUCGAGUACGACAAGGACAUCGUGUCCUACAUAAAGAAAAAUAAAAUUAAUGAUGAGGUUGAAUGCGAAGACUGGAUUUAUUUUUACGAGCUUCUGAAGGAGAGAAAGAUAGUGGAAAGGUGCCUCGACACGAAACAGAGCAGGGAACCGUUAACCUUGAACAGCUUUCAUUUUGACGAGGAAGCCAAUUUUAUAAGCUGCCUAAAUUACUACCUCAAGGUUCACAAGCUCCACCACGUGAUUCACAAUUGGAUGGGCAUGAGUGUGAACCCCUUCGACGAGUACGCGUCGGGGGAGGAACACCACGCUGGAAUUGGUAAUGGUGGUGAUGGGAGCGAUGGAGGUGUGUGUUCCUAUGAACAGGUGAAUGCAAAGAGGGAGCGCCAAUCCGGGCCCACCCGCGUAGGACAAACGGACGGGCAGGAUAACACCGGGAUGCAUGUAGCAACACCGAUAAUAGUAGAGAAAGGGAAAAAAUUUCACCCCCUUUAUUACUACCUCUACAUGCAAGAAAAUGAGAGGUGGAUUUCAGGUAUGAACAACUCGGGUAGCAUUCUGCAUCCGGAAACUAUAAGUCACGUGUGGAAUCAAACAGUGAGAGAGAGCAACAAAAAGGUGAAGCUGUUCCAAUUGAUAACAGCCAAUAGUGUAAGCACAGAUGACCUGAUGGACGAUUAUUGUAAAAAGGAAAAGAGAAAUGAACAGAUGGUGGAGCAGAAGAAUCAUGUUGGAAGAAUUAGAAGCAUAAGUCAGCUUGUGUGUGGUUUGGGCAUGGUAGAUAUUGGAGGAUGUUUCAUUAUGAAAAUAAAAUUAUCGUUUGACGAUUUUCUUCUGUCCAUUUUCUCCAUCCUUGCUAUAUGCUUUAAGAAGCUUGAGGUGUACAGACCCUCCUGUUGCCACUUACGCAAUGUGGUUUUUUUAAUAGGUAUACAUUUUAAUGGGAUCACAUCUAUCUUUUUGUCCAGCUUGAAUAAUUGGGUGGAGGGAGCACAGAGGGAGAUUGCUUCUGUCGUGGUCAGGGGGGAAGGUAAUCAGCUAGGUGGGUUAAGGGAAGUCAUUUCAGAGGAGUGUAUGACUGGAGUGAAAAAGGGAGGAAGAAGUAUCAUCCCGAGAAAGUGGAUCAAGAAAAGUUUCUUUAGAGAAUACCAGAACUGCAUUCAUCAUUUUGUGGACUACCUAAUUUACUACCUUAAAAAAUGUAUAAAUGUUUCCAACACGAAUUUAAUGAAGAAGAAUAUCGAGAACACCAAGAGGAUGUACGUUUCGCAAUUCUUUGAGGAGCACCGACUUGUGGACAUUAGGAAGAAGGACAAGCUGCUCUUCAGACUGCUCGACGAUUUGUACUUGGACCAGGCCAGGAUCAUCCCCCGUAUGUGCGAAGCGGGUCGUGCGUACGACGCGGAUCGUUCGUACGAAGCGGACCGCGCAGAUGAACUGCAUCAUGUGGACGAGACGGAUGUACAGCGUGAGGGGGAUAGCGCAGGGGCACCAUUUUCAAAGAAGGAGUUACAAAAAUUGAGGGCCAGUUUACACAUCCCUCCACAAGCAGGAAGAGAGAGACGAGGGGGCAUCUUCUUCGAAGGUACGGGCGAAUUGAACGACACCAGUGCGAAUGAAGGAAAUGGUGUGUUUGGAAACCGUCAGGGCAACGUGCACAAGUAUCGCAAACAAAUCACUGCCCUCUUGAGGAGAAUCGACUUUAAGGGAGACAAAGCAUCAUCUCGUAAGAGGAGAGAUAGCAGAAUGAACCGCGUUGAUGGUACCUCCCGUGGUCUCUUCCAGCUGGACGAAGACCUAAUCCGUAAGAGAGUCUUUUCAGUAGAUAAAACUCUGCUGGAAAAGCAUGAAACAGAAUUCGAGGGUCUCCUAAAGAAGCAAGCCUACUUCACGAACAAAAACUGGUUCAGGUGUUACCUUCACAAGGAAGCGUGUAAAUUUGAAAAUCCCUUUUAUUUAGAGAAGGAUUUGUACAAGGACAUAUUACUUUGCAGGAAGCACAUCUACUACAACAAGUGCGAUGUGGGUAUGAACAGUUUAAAGCAGGUUCUGAAGAGGUACGAACCCGUGUGCUCAUCGUACGUGAUGGAUGGACACGAGCUCUGCUGCAGCGUCAUUGACUGCCUCUUUGUUUUGAGGAAUUGUGCCCACGUGGAUCUGACUGAAGACUCGUCAUUACUGCGAAACUUUUUAGUCAUCAGUGGGGAUACCUCAUCCAGCGUCUUCUCCUUCUUUUCCAAGUUUGGGUCUGGUUGUCGCGUCCUGCUGCAGGGGUGGGACGGUGACGUCAGCAAUGGCGUAAAUGGCAUCUCAGGCGAUAGCCCCAGUACAGACCCCCGAGACGCGAGUGCCCCCCUAAACGUGCAAGAGCUGUACGAAAGGAAAACGCCCUACAAGUACUUCAGUGAAAUGCUGAAGGACAAACUGGGAGACAAAAGCGUUUGCUCCUUCGUGUUCAUUGACCUGAACACACAGCUGUUUCAAAACUAUGUUCAUGUGGUUGAAAAGGAAAUAACAACGAAGAAUUAUUUCGUUGCGAGCUUAAUCAUAUGCUUCAAUUAUUUGCAGAAGGGGGGUGGUUUGAUUAUUCAUUUGAGCAGCGCCAUGACGUUUUUCACAGCCGGUUUGCUCUACGUGUUAGUGUGUGCAUUUGAGAGGGUUGACCUCUUUCUGCCCCCCUCCUGUGACGACAUCGACUUGGGUUUUUAUAUAUAUUGUUAUAACUUUGGUGAGAACUACGUGUACCGACACUACGUGCAGUUCAUGUGGGAAGCACUCAUAUGUAAUCAGCACCUAGAACAGAAGGUAUCUGGUGGUACCAUCAACGUUGCGGUCACACCAGGGGAAGAUAGUACGAAGAGGAGGAAGAAGAAAAAGGGAGAUGUGUAUAUGUCAGUUCCCCUAUUCUUUCUCAUGAACAAACACUUUGUUAAUCUGCUAAAGCGAUUUAACUUUUUUUACUUUUCCCACCACAUAAAUGUGUGCAUGCAAUAUUUAAAGGAGCCAAAAUAUUUCUACCAUAAUAGGACGUUAAUCAAAUGUCUAAUUACUCAUUUUUUUCGAGCCUAUGUUUUGCCUCAGGAGGUGGGCAGAUCCUUUGGCCGGGUCUUCAAAUCGGUUAGCAUUCACUGUGACGACGAUGGUAGUGACCUACUUGAUGAGAGUGCAGAUGAUGAGGACAACACGUUUGGAAGUGAUCACCUACCGACGGGAGAUGAAGUGGAGAGUGACUUGUCCAGCCUGGAUCUGUCCGACCACGGUGAGGAAGUCCAAGGGGGCGCUGCUUCCCCUGAGAGGAACAAGAGGAAGAAGCAAAAAAUCAGGAGCGCCACCAGCACCAGUCGUAGUCCCAGCCGAAGUGGUAGUGGUGAUGCGUACAGGCAGCGGGUGGCCAACGAGGAAAGCGACUUGGACCGCUCCUCCAGUGAAUCAAAUUACUCCUUAGCCUUUGAGUACAAAAAUGUACCCAGCGAAAUAUCCGUGUCGGAGACGGCCUGGGGCGACAGCUCGUAG